UGCAGCAGAAGACAUGCGUUCCAUUACCUCUUCCCCACCACUCACCAUACACUGAGACUGAGAGACUUGCCAAUUCUCCUUUUCCUUUUCCUUAACGUAUUAGCAGUUUGCGAUUUGGUGGUGCGUUAUUCCUCUAUCCACUCUCUCUUCUCUGCGCAUAGUGCCAACCAAUCCCUUCGGAGGGCUAAUAGCAGAGAGGAGAGAAGGCAAUUUCUGAAAAAUGGCAGUUAAUUGCAAGGUUUCUUUCGGCGUGAUUGCUGCAUUUGUUCUUGUUUUUGCGAGUUUUAUGCCUGCUGUUCAGGGCCAUGGCCAUGAGGGCUUGGCCCCCGCUCCUGCUCCGACAAGUGACGGGACGGCAAUUGACCAGGGAAUUGCUUAUGGCCUGAUGUUGUUGGCGUUGGUGCUCACAUAUCUCAUCCACAGCUUUGAUGCUCCAUUGAGCGUUUGAGUUCAUCCAUGGAGAGUUAGCGGUUUUUCGUGUUUAGCUUUCUUGGAUUUAAGAUUUGAUUGAAUGGAAAGGAACUUGGAGUCAUGUAAUUUUCUCUAAUAGAAUUUUCAAAAUGGGUGGUGAGUCCCAGGACAAGCUUUCAUUAGUGCAUGUAUCUCUAACUCAGGCAAAAUAAUUCUUUACCCCUGUUGUUGAGGUGAUAAUUGUUUUCAGGUGUAGUUUGAGUUGAUUCUUCUGAAUUUCAGCCCUGAGGGAGUGCAAUAUAUGCCACAUUUCAACUAUUGAUAUAUAUGAACUUUUCUUGAA